AAAAAUUAUGAUCAUGGAAUAAUCGUUACAUCUCAUUCAUAUGAUUGUAUUGAUUCUCUCAUUUCUAAAUGAGUAGUGUGUUGCUCAUCAUAAUCCUUCUGAAGCCACAAAUACACCCAUCAAAAGGAGAGCACUAACUUCUGUUUUUUUUUCUCUUCUACGUGCUCACAAAAACACAACAAAGAAGCACUUGCUCUUCCUCUGCCCAUACGUGUGCUUGUUAGUUCAUAAUCUAUAUUCCUUGUUUUUCGGGCUCAUCUUUUUCCAAGGCAUUUUGGGCAACGGUCGAAAGUUUCAGUCAAGGUAGCUACGAGUCUGAAACGUGGUAGGAUUAUCCUGGGAGCGAGCUAGCCAGACCCGUCCGAAUAGCUAUCGGGAUACAGGAGCUAUCUUUCUUCAAGGCCAGUCCAUUUUAAUGGGCGAUCCUCCGAUAAGUUUUCUUAUUUUCCCUCUUUAUUCAUUUUAAUUUAUUCUAAGUAUUAUUAUUGUUUUUUCUGUUCUUGCAUUUGGCGGUUUGUCUGGUGAUUUAUUUAAACUCAGAAUUUUUAUCUGGUUAAACUCGCAUUUUAAUAUCAUUAUUCUAACAAACUGUCUGUGACACUAAAAUAACGUAUGAAUCAUCUUCAUAUAAUAUAAAGUAACAUUGUGAUUCCGCUGAGUGACUGCAUGGGGUUCCUAUGCUUCCCUCCAUUGGACUGGCUUUGGCUUUGGCUGAAAUGGUAGGUGCCAAUAUGCCAUGUAAUUUGGAACCAAAUAUGGAGGAUAGCUUGUUAGGCUUCCACCGUUCUUCGAAGGGAACUUAUAAGGUGAACCGACAAAGCUGGCUCCAGAGUGGGGAUAAUUUGAGUAGCCAAAAUGUGAUGUAUAGGAUCAAUGAAUUUUUUUUUAUCAAAAUAAAAUGUUUUAUUAAUAAAACUAAACAAGUACAAGCUCUAGUGAAAGAAGGAUCAAUGAAAUUGUUCUGUUAAAUUUUAAUCCAUGCAUUUUGCCAUCAAAUUUCUAUUUCAGCAAAGUUUAAUAUAUAUCUACAUCAACCAGAUAAAAUAGGCCUACAUAGUUUUGGAAAAUUAAUGUAUUUCAAAUAAAUUAUUUAUUUUGUAAUAUAAAUGUAACGGAUGUUUAAUUAUUUGGCCGCACUAAUGAGUUUUGUACCAUGCAUUUUUCUCUCCUUAUUUUAAGGAUCCAAAACAACCAUCCGUUAUUCAAAUGGUUUUCUAUUCAUUGUUAUAUUAAUAAUAACUAGGGCUGUAAACGAACCGAGCUUUUAUCGAACUAUUCGAGUUUGAGCUCGGUUUCGAACCUAAUGAACCGAGCUUAACGAGCUUUUGAACUCGAACCCGAGCUGAGUUUUAAGUUCGAAAACUUAAUCGAACCGAGCUCGAACAUAGUAGUAUUUGGCUCGGUUCGAACUCGAGCCUAUCGAACACCUGGAAUUUAAAUAUAAUUUAUAUAUAUUUCAAAAUUUAAAUAUAAUUAGUAUGAUUUUUAACGAACCGAAUACUUGUCGAAUCAUUCGAGCACAAGCCUAUUAACAAGCAUCACCUAAAAUUUUAAAUUCAAGUAUAUUUAUCGAGCUUAUCGAGCGCUCGGUUCGAACAUUGAACGCCUGACGAACCGAACACGAGCCUCGUUUGUAAAGCUCGUCGAGCUUCGAGCUCGAACCCGAAUACCACUAAUUCUUUAUCGAGCCGAACUCGAGCUUUGGGUGUUCGGGCUCAGCUCAGCUCGUUUACAUCCCUAAUAACAACAAGACUCACUAGAGCAUGGAUUACUACAUACGAACUCUUCUUCUUCUCUGCAAACUUUAUCUUCUCAAAAGGCCUUCCUUAAAAUGAUUUUUCUUAGAGACUUAUGCUGGAUUAUUAUUGGAACUAUUUCCCUCGUAGUUCUGCUUCCGACUUCUAGUCGAAGGGCUCGUUAUAUCCUGGGGGGAAGAUUUCCGUUCACCGGAAAUACUUUCAGAGGACCGCCUUUACGCGUCUCGAGCCAGGAUGUUUUUUGUUGUUCUGUUUUGCAGGUGUUUCUCUGUGUUGGCUAUACUUAAGUUAUGGACUUGCGUUAACACUCCAGCAACUUUGAAUGAAGGCAAGACAAGAUGCUAUUGUUUGCCGGAGAUAGAGGGUGAAGCUCUUAGCCGGAGUACUGUCGUGUUUCCAUCGGCCAAAUUUGGACUGCCAGGAGCAAGUGAAGAACGAAUAUCCCCAUCACAUAGUUCUCACAAAGAUCGACCAGUAACCCGAGCAAGAUUGAGGUCCAUAAUGGAUGAAAUUCCAUGCUCUCAAUGGGAAAAUCAAAUCCAUAUGCUGUUGUUCCAAAAACCUGGUGCGAAGGAUCCAACUUGCUAUUACCCGUUGGACGCCCGCAAUCAGCUUGCCUUCAACCUUAAGAAACACUCGAGCUGCCCGUUCGCGAUCUCCAAUAAGUUUGCUAGGGUCGAAAACCUGUCAGCUCCCGGCUCUGGUCGUGAGGUCUGCUCACGUACUCCAAGCCAUUUGCUUAAUCUUCGUGGAAAUAAGGUUACACAGGGUCCCACUCUGCUUUGCUGCCAUGGACGACUAGAUCUAGGGGUGGUUCGGUACGGCAUACCGAAUAAUUUCUCUCAUACAUUUGUCAUACCAAAUCUUUCGGUAUACAAAAUUUAUAUAUCAUUACCUUAUUGAAGUUUCGGUAUACCGCAUUUCGGUAUAUCGAAGUUUCAAUUCGAUAACGAUAUCAAUAAAUUACUAUGCAUGUCUCUCAAUACAACAAAUUAUCAUAGACUAACAAAAUAUACUAAAUCAGUGUUACUAGCGAUAUAUUUAAUCAAUUAUUAAAAUGUUACAAAAUACAAUUGAUAAUCUAUUGAUGUCAUAUUCAAUAUUGAACAAUAAUUAUUUAGCAGUUCAACACAGUGUUCUAAAAAGCGGCCAAAGGCGCCGCAAAGGCGGCCUAAUAAAAAAUCCAGAACCAAGAUUCAACUAUUUGACCACAUUUAGGCCCAUUGGAGACCUAAAUGCCAAUUUAAUUAGGCCCGCAUAUGUAAA